AUGCAGAAACCCGAGUUGAACGCCAGACGGCGUGAAUCCAAUUUACGAAUUAACAAUGCCGAUGCGCAGCGUAUGAAGGAAGCAGGUAUUAUUUGUACAACCUGUUCACAUCCAACUACAGGAUGGGUAGUACCGUUUACGGUAGUGGAGGAAAAACCCUCCGGGCAGAGAAGGCGAUUCAUCGCUUGGCCAAGGGAAAAGAAUGACAAGGAUGAUUAUGAGGCUGAUGUUCCCCCGGGAAACAUUUCCCGGUACCUGGAUGCAGUUUGCGACGAAACUGCAACUUUAUUUGAUUUAAAGGCAUCAUUUUUCCAGGUGGCUCUGCCAGACAACAUACGCGCAAGUUUCCGUUGCCGCACGGAAUCAGGGGAACUCGUUGAGUUCACUCGCCUUCCCAUGGGUUAUAAAUGUAGUUCCGCGAUUUUAAACACUAUCACAAGAGUUCUGGCUGGUGAUCCGUUUUUGGUUUUGCCGCAGCAUGCGGCACCAAAAGAGUUAAAAAUACAUGUUUGGAUUGAUAACAUCAGAAUCAGUGGUCCACACGAAAAGGUGGAAGUUUGGGGUAAGCAAAUUUUGAAGAACAUACAACAAUGCGGCGCCACCAUCGGAGAGCAGAAGCUCAAUACAAAGGAAUAUGAUUUUAUAGGAGUACAUUUCAAUCACAAAAACAACACGGUUUCUUUAAGUGGUAAAACAAUAAAGCGGUUGCAACAGGUACCUUCUCUAGACAACACGACAGUCGAAGAAUUGGAGAGUACGGUUUCGCGUAUGAUGUACGCAGGUGGGGUAAGGUGUGAAUCCCUUUUCCCUUAUUAUUUCUUUCUAAAAAUCGUACGUCGACGUUUGUCACGUUUAAAUCGAGGUUUAAUACGGCCACAAGACAAGGCAAAGUUAUCGGCUACUGCCAAAGGACAUCGGACACAGUUGGCUCCAAACAUUAAUAACGAAUGA